AUGUUCUUCCUUCGGGUCUGCAACGCCACACGCUACAACACUGUUCUGUUUAACAUGAGUGACGCGGAGGACAGCAAUGUUCGUUCUCGUCCGAACCCUGAAGUCGUAGAUCCUUCUAUUGGCGCUGCUAUACAGGCUGCCGUUACUCGUUCUAUAGGUUCUUUAACCGACAACCUUACACAGGUCAUUGAAUCUCGGCUUACCGAUUUUGCCAAGCGUUUUUCAGAAAAAAACAGUUCGUCCGUUGAGCAAGCUGUUAAGAAGGCGCGUCGCGAGCAAUACACGUGCAAGAGAAAGGAUAACCAGCAGCAGUUAGACCAUUCCCUCCAGGUGCUGGACAAGCUAGACGAAGCUUCCGACGCACUGAAGCACAAAUCUUAUGAAAAAGUUAAGGCUGCUUUGGAGUCAGGUACGGAAUUAGUGUCCAAGCGUGUUAAAGCAAUAAAGCUAGCCGACAAGAGCGAGUUUGGAUGGGCGACGGUCAAUGAGUAUCUAUCCGACGAACUCGCCUCUGACUCAGAUGAUGAGAAGAGAAUUUACCGGGCCGAGAGGAGAGCUGAGAGAAAGGUCACUAAGGAAAAACGUCGUCGUGCCCGUUCUGGCGACAAAGGCAGUGGCUCCGCCUCUACAUCUCGGGCGACUUCGUCAAGAUACGCAUCCAGCGAUUUGGUUUCACGCCCGGAGGCUAGACCAGCUCGUCGUUUGGGUCCCUGUUUUAAGAUAAGUACCAAGCACUUUUUCGCUUUACUAUCUUUGUUUCUUUCUUCGUCGAUUAUGGCGUUACCGCACAGGCCAUAA